UGAUGAAGCUGUUUCUUGCUUUUGCAUAUGUCGAGGAUCUGGUCUCAGAAAACCUGGAAAUGAGAGCUUUAUGCAACGAUGUAGACGUUGGUUCAACUGUCCACCACAAGGAUGCUGCCCAUUGGCCAGGAGGUUCCCAAAAGUCUCCCUGCCUGGAUCUGCCCCGGAGAAAGCCGGCUGACGGUCUCCUUUCUGAGCUGGAUCCCUCACAGCUUGCUAAGACCAAGACAGAUGCUCCCAUGUCAACCUUAGAGUUGCAAACCAUUGCAGUGCUGCCUACAGGUCCAGUUCCAUCGCUGUCAACUGACAUCAUGCUGGCUCCACAGCCAGAUGCAACUGUGGUACCGCCUCUGGUUUCAUCUACUCCAACAACCCUCUACCACACCUCUAGAAAUGGAGACAACUAUGAUACCACCUGCCAUGCCACCUCCAGAGGUUGCAUCAUUGCCUGCUCUGGAGGCAAAGCUUGAGACUUCAACUGAUAUAGCAUCAGUUGCACAGCCGACAGUAGCUCCAAUGACACCUGUACUGUCACCUCCAGAGUUCAAGUCAUUGACAGAUUCUGAUCUGGGGACAUCCACUUCACCAGCAGAAGCACCAUCUACAAGAGAGGAGGGAGCUCUGACACUGUCUUCAGAGGUGAUGUCCUUGCCAACUGUGGAGCUGGAGGCAGUUACUUUACCACAAGUAGGAUUAGUUCCACAGCAGGAUGUGGCUCCAAUGUCACCUAUACUGGCAUCUCUAGAACCAGAACCACUGCUGUUCCUGGAAGCAGCACCUGCUACCUCAAUAGAUGUGGCACCCACUGAAGAUCAGAAGGCAAUACUGGUGCCAUCUCCAGUGCCAUCUGUAGAGCUGAAAUCAGAGCCAGCUCUCACUCCAAUAGAAGAGCCAUCCUGCUCCUCAGCUGAGAACCUCGAAGAUGGAGUCAUGAAGAUGAAGCCUCCCCUCUUGACAUACACACCCAGGCUGCUGGCAGAACAGUUGACACAGAUGGAUGUGGAGCUGUUCAUAAAGGUCCCGGCCUAUGAUUGUCUGCAAGCCAUCUGUUCCCUUCGUGCAAAGAAGGGUGAGGAGCACCUGGCACCUGCCAUUCAUGCCACCAUCUCCCAGUCAAACCGUGUGGCAAACUUUGUCAUCGUGACCUGCCUGGGGGACCAGAAUAUGAAAACUUCGGACAGGGCAAAGGUUGUGGAGCACUGGAUCCAGGUGGCCAGGGAAUGCCACAAUCUCAGAAAUUUCUCGUCCCUCCAUGCCAUCCUCUCUGCUCUUCAGAACUCCUCAAUACAGCGUCUAAAGGAAACAUGGGAUAAAGUUUCCAGGGAUAGCUCCUGUGAAUUCCAAACUAUGAAGGAAACCUCCCUGAAUAGGGCCCUGCCAAUCCAGGAGGGGACCUCCAAGGAUUCCAAACUGGAGAUGAAACCAAAGAGAGAGGAGAAGAGGAAGCUGUGGGAGAGUAUAUCUCCACCGGACACUCGAGAAGAAUACCAGGUUGUUCCGAGGAUCCAGCGCCUCCAGGCAGGAUGCACCUACAUCCACUUUUGGCCCAUGGAGCAAUUUCGGACCUGGUUUGGGGCUGUGGAGCAGCUCAGCGAGUCUGAGCGCUAUCAUCUGUCUUGUGAGCUGGAGCCACCAGCCCUUUUUGCCAGCAACACACUCCAGCAUCUACACCACCCAGGUGUUCACAAGCCUCAGUGCACUGACAGAGAAGCCUCACAGUCCAGUGACCUGCUCCAGUUUCACCCUGACCUCAGCACUGCGGACCCAGAAUGCCUCGAUCCCUGGACAUGCGUGUCCCUCACCUCCUCCUCAGCCCCCCACCUGCAUGGAGCCCCUCUGAGCACCUGCAGACCCUCUGGCUCACAGCCUCUGUACAAUAAGCAGGUGGACGACCAGUGCAUCAUCCAUGUCAGCCUGCAUAUGGGCAACAGAAACACAUAUAAGAGCAUCCUGCUGACCUGCCAUGAUCGAGCUCCAGCAGUGAUCCGUAAAGCCAUGGAAAUGUACCACCUGAAGGACAAACCAGAGGAUUACAUGCUGGUGCAAAUAAUUUCAGAAGAUCGAAGGCUGAGGAUUCCUGACAAUGCAAAUGUCUUUUAUGGCAUGGACCCUUCAGGCAAUUAUGAUUUCCUUCUGACUAAGUGGACCUGCCCCAUCAGGACCAGGAUGAAGAAGAAAGGCUUCUCAACCCUUCUUCAGAGGAAAUGGAAGUGACUCAUGUUACAAAAGGGCAACUUCUAACUUGCCCUGAAGCCUGCUGGCCUCAGGGACACCCUUCCCACGUCUAGUUGGUGGGUCACUGUAGCCUUAUGUGACCAGAAUAUGCCAAGCCUGGUGGGCACUUCCUUCACCAUCAGUCAGCUGAGGCCUCCCUGUCCUGACUCUAGUUUGAGCCCUGAACCUCUCCUCCUGCCUGGCUUGACCCUACCCCUUGACAGACUGACCUAGGCUCAUGUGGACCAAUUGCUGCCUUAGGGUGCCCUGCACUAUCCUGGGGCCCAUGCAUUCUGGCCCAUGACCUUCUAAGGGUUUCUGACCCUCCUUACCACACUGAAGCUGUCUCAGGCUGCACCAAACAUUCAGCCCUCAGCACCUACCAAGAGGGAAGUCUCUUCUCCUGUUGUUGAAAGCAGUACAGUUUUUUAAAUGUCAAUCAGUUAUCUAUCUAAUCUGGUUUUUCAAAAGUUCUGUAAGACCAUAAUCUAAUAGGAAUUUUCUCUUCACUGGAUAAUGAAAGAGAGGAAACAGAGUUGCCCAAAUAUUUAAAAAAAGUUAUUCCUGGUCUUUGGAUCCAAACCACUGGACUCUCAGCGGUGCUGCAGCUGGGAGCGGUAGUCGGGGUUGCAUCCU